CAGGCCUCAGGUGCCAAUGAACUGAUACUGAAUGAGUACCUGCAACAGAAUGACUCUCCUGAGAACAUACGAGAUGUUUUCACUGAGAUUCUUGGCGACCUGGUCCUUGUUCUUCCUAUACUUAAAGUAUCAACAUACCACCGAGGUGAGCCUACUUCGUAUAUUGUAUUUCGAUCUUUGCUGCUUUUCUCCUCUUGGGAAGUGUUAAAACUAGAGGUUCUUGUUUUUAUUUCACAGGCUGUUAAAGUGUUUUUAUGUGUGCGUGUGUCCUUCCUCCACAGGUCACCUAACAAGCCCGGACUGGUGGAACGACCUCUUUACAACCAUGACGAACGCUUCCUGAAGUUGAACCUCCAGCAGACAGUUGGCCGAGGACUGAAACAGAAGAGAGUCCACUUCCUGGAUGUCAUGCCUGCAAAGUCUCAUCCUGCUAAUGACGAACUCUGAUCUGAGACUUCCACAAAGUGCAAUGUACAUUAUCACA